AAGCCUCAUUAAAAGGAGGCGACGACAGUCGACGUGGGAGGGACAGAUGCACGGAGAUGAGGCAACCAAUGAGCGGCUGAGACCGAAGCUGCAGAACCAAUCAUGGGCGGCAAAAUUCCAGCCCCUUUGCCGAAUCCAGAUCUUGAUGAACACCCGCUCCCUCGUCUUCGACUUUUUCGCCUCCUCCUCCCCCGAUGGCUUCGCCUACCUGUCAUGAACCCCACCGCCCUCGCAUGCCUCGACCUGGGAUCUUUCUUCCAAUCCCGUGUGCAGUCGGCGAACCAUCGACUUGGGGCGGACUUGCAAUUCCCAUUGUUUGGCGGCUACGAAUACAUACACGCACACAGAAGGCAAUACCAAUACUCCGUAUCAUUGCUGCACACAACUCGAGACAGCAGCAUAACCUUACCCUGCUGUAUUAUCAUAUGCAUGCACGCACUAUCAAUGUCUUGCCUGACAAGCACCAUCUCACAGUUGAGGCGGGCAAUGGCUGCGGUGGACAAGGUUGGGAAGUCUAUCCGUACCCAGAGCUUACUGUGUAGGUUCGUCGAGUUCCAACGCCAACCCGCCUGGAAACGCCACGUUCCUUGCACCGGUCGGGGGAUGGCAGCGAUGGACCUCGCACUAAAUCUGCGAUGCGCAACGCCGCACACGCAUAUCCGUCUUAGCUCCCUCACACCGCUCGUACGACGGUGUCCGCUGCCCGGCUCCCGUCCACCCAAACCUCUCGGUUGCUUCGAGUCGCCCUCGUCCCGCUGGUUGGGAUUCUGCAGAUGAGCAAGCCAAGGGGGGCCUAGACGGGCCAUGCAACGCUGUCCUGCCCUGAGCUGGGUCUCUCCAUGCAGCUGUCUGUCUAGCAGACAGACUGGCUCUCAGAAAUCGUCCUGCUGUGCCUGUUCCUCGCCUCACUUCGUCGUACCUCGAAACUGAACCUUUGUUUCGUUUCUUUUACAUGGUCCUCCCGAGCUAUCCAUUCCUCGUUAGUUGCCGUAC